UCACUCUCUCCGAAACCCUUUCAUAUUCUUUGGAAAACGACAACCUUUGAAAAAACUCUCAAACACACAAAAAUAACACAGAUUCUUUUUCUUUCUUCUUCAAGUUUUGUGUGUUUUUCCAAACAAAGAAGAUGAUGCAUUGUCUUGUUGUACUUUCCAUUUUCGUUUUGUGUGUCUCAGUUUCACACAACAAUGGUUUGGUACAAGCGGACAAUGCGCCUUCUCCAUCUCCAAACCCAAACCCAACGCCAACGCCAACAAACUCACCCUCUCCAUCAACUUCUCCGACCAGUCCUUCACAUUCGCCGGCGAUUUCUCCGACCACUUCUCCGGCUUUAUCGCCGCCUACGUCAACUCCGACAAUUUCUCCGGCAUCCCCUUCAAAGUCUCCGGCUUUAUCGCCGCCUACGUCCACUCCGGCAAUUUCUCCACCAUUGUCGACCCCACCGGCGAAAUCCCCGUCAGUUUCACCGGCCAAAUCUCCGGCGACCACCCCGGCACAGUCGGUUUCUCCCACCCCAAGUCCGUCGGCAAAUGGGUCUUCUCCAAUUCCGUCCCCUGUAAGUCUUCCGACGCCGGUUUCAUCUCCGGCUACCACUCCUCCGGCGAGCGCUCCAGAAUCGGUUCCUGUCGGGGCUCCGAAUCUGCCACAGCCUCCUACUAGUGCCGCCACUCCAGAGACCCCAGCGGGCAUUCCAUCGAGUUCGGCAACUCCGGCGGAGGCACCGGUAGUGGUUCCAAAGAGCAGUACACCAAGUACGGCGCCGGCAAUUUCUUCACCGGAAACGGCACCAGGCCCGGUUAGUGAUGAGUCGGGUUCGGAUUCAAAGAAUAGGGUUCGGGUCAUUUUAAGUGGAAUGGCUGUUAUGGCUGCUUUGACUCUCUAAAUAAACAUAUAUAUAUUUUUUCUCCCACAUUAUUCAUAUUUAUUUGGUAUUGUCACUAAUAUUUUGUAAGACCCUACUGUAUUUCUUUUUUGAAUAUUUUGUAGACUUUGUGUUGUA